AUGUGUUCCAUCGUGCGCGCUUUGGUCCUUUUCGUCUUGUGUCUUGCCAUUGUGACUCGGGCGAGUUCGGAGCCUGCUGAGUCUGCUGACGAGUCUGCUGCGCCUCUUAGUGAUGCACCAGGACAGGAAAGUGAAGUGUCUGCAGGUUCCACAGAGGCUCUUGAAACCAGUUCCCCAAUGCCCCUUGCGGAAGAUACUACAACUUCAACAUCUGCAUCAAGUCUCAUCGUUGCCUCUACUCUUGCUGUGCCUCUUCUACCUGCGCUUAUGCUAGGAUAUUAA